CUGGAAAUUCAAGGGUCAGGAUUGCUUAGGUUUCUGCCCUACUCUCAGAAUGGUGGACUACAUGUUUUUACUGACUCGAAUCCUGUUCAUCCUCUGCUGCUGCUCUGUAACUGUAUACUGCACACAACCCAACUGUACAUCUGUGACUGACUUUCAUGACUGUCCAGGAAAUGUAACAAAUUUCUGUCCAGAGAAUAUUGUUUGUGCAUGCAAAGAUGGAAAGCCUUUUUGCAAAUGUCCAUAUUUUAGAGGCCAGUGGGCAAACUACUGGUAUAUGGGGGCCAAAUGUGACCAACUCUGGAAUACUCUGGACCUGAUUUUAGUAGCAACAUUGCCUGGAGUGGGACUGGCUUUAAUAGUUGGUAUAACAAUCCAGACUAUCCACUACUGUAAAAGGAAGUCAAAGAAGAAUAUGGAUGAUAGCCGCAGAGAACAGAGGGUUUCAUCAGAAUAUCAACCUCAGGAUAAUCCUGCACGUGCUUCUGGUGAUGCUAUGAGGCCUGUUCAACCUGAUCAAGUCCAGUAUCCUUGGAGCUCAUCUAGGCAGGGGAUCCUUCCUGGAAGUCCUGUAUAUGCAUCAUCACAGCUCUCUGGAAGAAAUAACAACUUGAUGAUUCAUGAGACAAAGGAGAACAAUCUUUACAACUAUGUACCUCAUAAUUGGGACAGCUCUUGGGGAACAACUAAACCUGAAGUAAAUUAUGGGAACAAGUACUCUUCCACCGUGCAAAUGAAUCCAUACUUUGAUUUUUCCCCACCAGGACUUUCAAAAUCAAGCUAUAUUCAAAGAGAAAGACAACUUAGUGGAUACGUAAGUUCUGAAGAGCCGGAAAUCCCUCACAGAAUAGGACGUGCCCAGAUGAAAUUCAACUAUUAAGAGCUCUAUAUAUGAUCAUCUGAUUAUUCUAGAAUGUUCAAUUAAUACUUUAACAGCACUAUGAGUACAAUUUAUCUAUGGUUAAAUACUUUUGUUUCUGCACUAAUGCCGUCAGUUUUUCUCCUUACAGCUUCAAAAUUUUCCACCUAUACUCUAAUGACCACAGAACUAUUUGCAUUUCCAAUGUCCAAUUAUUUAACAGCAAAAAUGACAGAUACCUGUUAUCUCCUAGAUUCAGUAUCAUACUUGCUUACUCCUUUAUACAAUACAUGGUUGUAAAGUGCUCAGCAAGAUGUGUAUCAGUUGAUUAAAAAUAACUUGCAGAGAAUAUGGAGUUAUUUAGAGUGAUGCAAUAAAUUUAAAUAUUUGCAUCAAAUCAUUGGUAUAGAAUUAAUGAAUUUUAUUUGCAAUGUACAAUUUGAUUAUAAAUUUACACCCCCAAAUAAACUAAGA